GCAAGUGAAGUUUUUCUUUUAUUUCGGAGUUUGAAGAGUUUUCUUUUUGUUUACAGUUGUCAGGGAUAUAAACCCCAUUUAGCUGACUAACAUGGCCUCUUCCCCACCCGAUCUGAAGGAUGCUCAGAAGCAAUACGAAUGCCCCAUAUGCCUGGAGAACGUGCGUUGGCGUCUACCGGUGGCCUUUAAAUGUGGCCAUGUGUUUUGCAAAAAAUGCAUUGAGAUGACUAUAGAAAAGUUUGGCCAGAAAUGCCCAGUCUGUGAACAUGAAAUCAAUGAGGCUCCUCUAACGUUAAGCCUCUUCAAAAUCCGUCCUCGUGAAAGAGUUAGGCUCGUGCGAAGUUGUACCCUUAAAUCCAAACCAGUAUACAAAUAUCCCACUAAAGGUCGCCCAAGAAACGGCAUUGUAAAGCCCACCAAAGAUUCGAAUAACUGUGAUCACUACGAAUGUCCGAUAUGCGCUGAAAAUGUGAUCCAAGGCAAUGCAAUGUCCACCGAAUGUGGUCAUGUCUUUUGCGAAAAGUGCCUUGAGACGACGGCCACCGAGUGUUUCAUUUGCAGGAAACAAAUAACAAGGGAUAAGUUCAUCCGUUUAUAUAUAUAAGGUGUUCUCCAAAACGCCUUAAGAUCUCCUCGGGGGAUAAUAACCAAGUCAUUUUAUAAAACGGAACCAAAGAAAGAUCUCCAUCUCACUGUAUACUGCCUGAAAUAUUUUCAUAAAAAAUGUUUUUAGCAACACCUCAGUAACAGUACCAAAU